AUGAGUCCUCUGAGGUGGCGAGCGUCGCUCUCGCUUCUGCUGCUGCUGGGCGGCUGCCUCCUCGCGGCCGCCGGGAGAAAGCAGGGGGCGGCCGGCGUCGCGGCCGAAUCGGCCUCGGGCUCCUCCGGCGGCUCCUCCGGCCGCUUUGUCAGCCCCGAGCGGCACACGUGCAGCUGGCAGCUCCUGCCGCCCGCCCCAGGGCCCGAAGCCGGCAGCGAGCUGGCGCUGCGCUGCGAAGGCCCGGACGGGGCGCGCCACCAAUGCGCCUACCGCGGAGAGCCGGGGCGCUGCGCUGUCUACGCCGCCCGCCGCUCGCACUACUGGAAGCAGGUGCUGAGCGGGCUGCGCAGGAAGCGGCGGCCCUGCCACGACCCCGCGCCGCUCAAGGCCCGCCUGUGCGCCGGCAAGAAGGGCCGUGGCGCGGAGCUGCGCCUGGUGCCCCAGGCAUUCCCGGUCGUCGACCCCAAAGCGGCGGCGGGCUUAACCCGGGAUCCCAAGCCCCGGGCCAGGAGCCGGGGGCAGCCCCGAGAGCCCGCGCUCCGCCCGGUGGCAGGGGCCCCGCCUCUCCCGAGCGCGCCGCCCAAAUUUAGGAAGCCCUCUGAGCAGAAGCCCAAAGGGGGCAAGAGGAAGGCGGCCUGGGACCCAGACGAGGAGCGACCACUGGGGGCCGGGCCUGAUCCCGAUGGGCUGGACGAGAACGCGAAGCUCACGGACACCUACUGUGCUGAGAAGUGGCACUCUCUCUGCAACUUCUUUGUCAAUUUCUGGAAUGGCUGA